AUGACCUCCCCUCGUUUGGCUGCAGAAGGUGGGAAGCUGGAUGCCGUCAAGCGUAUACUGAGGAAGCGAGCUGCUCGCAAAAACAGCAAGGAUAGCUUCGACAGCACUCCUCUCAUCCGUGCAGCUCUGAAUCGCCACUGGGAUGGUGUGGGCGCACUUCGACCUUAUGUGCUCGAAGCGCUCACCAAUCGCAUCGCCAAACAAGCUUGCGAGCGGUUCCGGGCUGCAGUGGUUAAUAUUUUCGAGGAUAAAGAUUCCCACGGCGGCGUCAAGAACAAGGUCAACAAGUACACCAUUUGGCAGGUUCUCUACGCUCGGGAUGAUAAAGACCCGGUGAAGUUUGCUAUUCCACACGUCUUAGACAACAACGGGUCAAAAAGCCACUGUUCCGUUGAUCCAUCUCCCGCAAAUAACAUCUCGUGGCUUGAGGCUCUGCUUACAAAACGGUAUUUGGAAGAAGAUUGCAGAGAUGUAACGAUAUUUAAGAGAUGCGGACCAGGUCGUCUUUCGAUUCUACAAGAAAAAGAGGAGGCAGCUCAAGAUCUUCAUGGUCGACCAGCUGUGGCUGAUUAUCAUUGGCAAUCUUCUUAUUUCCUGCUUCCCAGAGCGGUAGCACCUACCACACCAGGACGCCCUCAACUUGUUUAA